AAGGAGAAGCAAACUGCUCCAGCCCCAGCACCCACCAAGUCUGAGAGCAUCCCCAAGGCAGCGGUGCCAUCUGCCACCGCGGCCGGCACCACCUCGGUGACGGUGACGACGCCGGCGCCGACCCCUCCCGCCCCUCCUGCUCCCAAAGCUGCAAGCACAGUGCCCAUCCCACCAGCACUUGCCUUGCCCAACUUGGCCAACGUGGACCUGGCCAAGAUCAGCUCCAUCCUGAGCAGUUUGACCUCCGUGAUGAAGAACACAGGUGUGAGUCCUGCCUCGAGACCGUCUCCAGGGACCCCGACCAGCCCCUCAGCCCUCACCAGUGGCCUGAAGACUCCUGUCCUGGGCACACCAUCUGCUCCUUCCAACCCGUUAGCAAAUAUCCUCUCCAAGGUGGAGAUAACUCCAGAAAGUAUUUUAUCAGCUCUUUCCAAAACUCAGACUCAGACUGCGCCAGCGCUGCAAGGUUUGUCCUCUUUGCUGCAGAGCGUGGCUGGAAACACUGUUCAGUCAGGUGAAGCUGCUUCCCAGAGCACUUCGGCGUCGCCGGCCAACACGAGCGUUCCCUGCAUGAAGGGGAGGAACGUUCCUUCCAAUCCACAGUCCUUCAUAGCCAAAAGUUUUGGUUAUUCUCCAAACUCCUCCAGCGCAGAGGUUUCCUCCACUUCGGUCAAUAAGGCUCCUGUUGGACAUAGCUCAGCGUUGUCAAGCUCCAGUUUUAAACCACCAACCAAUUCCCUUGGAUUUUCCACUUCCCACCCUCCCAGUCCUUCUUCCCUUUUGCCAACAGAAACCUCACUGGCUCAAUCCUCGGAAAUUUCAAAAGCCAAGCUGGAAUCUGAACCCCCUUCCCCCAGUUUGGAGAUGAAGAUCCACAAUUUCCUGAAGGGAAAUCCUGGCUUUAGUGGCCUGAACUUAAAUAUUCCCAUCCUCAGCAGCUUGGGGUCCAACAUCCCGACGGAGAGUCACAGCUCAGACUUCCAGCGCGGUCCCACCAGCACUUCCAUGGACAACGUGGACGGGACCCCGGUGCGCGACGAGCGGAGCGGGACGCCCACCCAGGACGAGAUGAUGGACAAACCCACGUCGAGCAACGUCGACACCAUCUCCCUGCUGUCAAAAAUCAUGAGCCCGGGCUCCUCCACCCCCAGCAGCACCAGGUCUCCUCUGCAGGGUCGCGACGACGGAUAUUCCCAAGAACUUCCCAGUUCCGUGCACGGCUACCGACCCUUCGGCCUGGGCAGGGACUCUCCGGCCGCUCUGUACAAACCAGCUGCAGACAGCAGGGAGAUGCCUUCCUCGCUGCUGGAUUCCUCCCAGGAGAAGUUUUACCCAGACACAUCUUUCCAAGAAGAUGAGGAUUAUCGUGAUUUCGACUACUCCGGCCCGCCGCCCUCGGCCAUGCUCAACCUGGAAAAGAAACCUGCCAAGUCUAUCCUGAAAUCGAGUAAACUCCCGGAAUCCACCGAGUACCAACCGGUGCUGCCCAGCUACGGGCAGAGGUCUCAGUCCUUCCCCCCAGCCAUGAGGGCUAUCCUGGAGCAGAGCGAGGGCUGUGACCCCUUGGCCUCCUCCCCGGGGCUGUUCGGCGGCUACGGCCGCAGGGGGAAGGACUCGGCCUCGGACGGAUCUCCGUCCCCCGGCAAGAACGACGUGUUCUUCAGCCCGGACUCCAACCACAACGCGCUGCCCAAGGCACAGAAGCAGUACCCAGACUCCCCCCACGCUCUUUCCCACCGU